AUCAUGAUGUUUCUCACUAGUGGCCCUAGAGGGCACAAACGAAGUAAAGUUUUUUAACAUUUUUAAGGAUAGGGCAAAGUCGUUUGUGGAAUUGAAUGUUGUUGUAUUUAAAUAACCUAAACACUUUAAGAUGAUGCGAACGUUGCGACAAAGUUUUCGCCGUAAAAAGAAACCCAAAAUACCAGAGAGCAGUAAACCACAUCAGUGGCAACAAGAUGAAGAAACUGUUAAGUCAGCCAAAUGUAGCUUUCAUGUUAAAUAUCUGGGCAAUAUUGAAGUUGAAGAAUCAAGGGGAAUGGCUGUAUGUGAACAAGCUGUCAAGCAACUUAAAGCCGCACAGAAAAAAAGAGUUCCUUCAUUCUUUGGAAGGGGCAAAAAGAAAAAGAUUCGUGCGAUGUUGUACGUUUCACCAGAUGCUCUUCGUGUUGUGGAAGAUUCAACUAAAGCUUUGUUGCUCGAUCAAACAAUUGAAAAAGUUUCAUUUUGUGCUCCUGACAGAAAUUACGAGAGAGCUUUCUCUUACAUAUGUAGAGAUGGAACAACACGUAGAUGGAUAUGCCAUUCAUUCUUUGCAGUAAAAGAUUCGGGUGAGAGAUUGAGUCACGCGGUUGGUUGUGCAUUUGCUGCUUGCCUUGAAAAGAAACAAAAACGAGAAAAAGAAACUGGUGUAACUGUUACUUAUGAUCAAAAUCGAACAACUUUUACAAGAGAAGGUUCAUUUAGAGUGAAGACAUUGACAGAACAACAAGAAGAAGCAAAACAAAUUAAUUCAGGUUUAUCAACCACAAGUGAUGUAAACCAUGUUCAAGUUGAAGUUCAUAAUCCAAGUGCUAUACCACGACGACAUGCACCUUUACAUUUAAUAAGACAAGCAUCUCAAAGAACAUUUGUUUCAAAGAACAAGCAGGAUGGUGACAAAGCAUUGAAUUCUCCAUUCAAACGAAAUUAUUCUCUUCCAUUAAACAACUUACCAUCAAACACCAGCAGACUGCACAGGCCAAUUAUGAAUCCUGUUCCAGAAUUAGAAGAGCAGCCUUUUGACAUCAGUGGAAUCUGUUCGCAAAUAACCAACACAUUUUCUAACAAUAAUGAUGAUCCAUUUUCCAAAGCACCGAUGCCACGAUUAUCAUCACCAACAUCUGUCAAACGAGAACCAGUUGUUGAAACAACUCCAAUGAGUAAUUUAAACAACUCGCUUAUGCAAAAAUCUUCUUCACCUAUUCAUGAUACAAACCCAUGGGCAGCAGACACGCGUUUACAAAGUUUUGAUUCAAGUUUCCAAACGAAUUCUUAUUCCACUUCUGAAGCAGAUAAAUGGCUAAAUAAUCUUGAAAAACACGUUGCUGCACCAGCAUUGAAUCAGCAGUACAGCGUGUUUAGUGAUACUGUAAAUCCAUCAAGCCAGCUAUCUCAGAUACCUCCAUGGUCUAAUAAAUCUGGCUUUGAAGUUAAAAUUUAACUUUAAUUCAUAUGUACAGUACAGCAAUAAUGAACUUACAUGACCUUUUGCUUUAAAAGGUGCAUUUUAAGGAGGUGCUGCAUGGUGUUCUUUCUUUAAUAUAAAGUAAAUCAAGUUUGUCACUAUACUCAAAACAAUUAUUUUAUAAAGUUUAAUCAUAUUAAAGUGCUUGUGAAUAAUUAAACCCCUUUUUAUUGCUGUUUAAAUUUAUGUAUAUAGUUGUGAUAUUUAACCAAUUUAAGGUACUGACAUUUUUUAAAUUUGCGGCACUUUACACUUAAAUUUUUGUUUAUUUUAAUGUACAAGUCAUAAAUUAUUACAAUAGUGUAUCAUUGCCAAUCAGCAGCAUAUUGCAAUAAUGUUGUAAUUUAUGGUAAAAACGAAUACUUCUGUUGUUCUGGUUUUAAGUGUUUAAAUUCUAUCUUUCUGACAAUAUCAAGAAAACUCUAAUUGCCAAAAUAAGAUGUAUGGCUCUCGGCAAUAUAAUAGAAUUCUUGCCCUAAUGAAAUUUUGAUAUUAAAUUUGUCUAUAAGAAAA